AUGGCGGCGCGAGGUGAAUGUACUUCGUCGUUAAUCUCAAUAAAAGAGUUCAAAUUACAGUUUCAAGAACUUGAUCUCGAAGAGAUGGCGGGAGAGAUGAACGUGUCCGUGGAGAUAAUGACAGACUUGACUGAAGUGUGUAGGUAAGAUUAAUCAUUAGGAAUUUUAAGAGGCUGUUUCUAAAUGUAAAAAAAGCAAUGAAGAAUUGUUUCAAAAGUGAAUCAGAAUUAUUAUUCAAUUCAGACAGUUAACUUGAUAACAUCUAGCCCUAAAAAAAAGAAAAUAUAUUUCUACAGCGUAGCUUAAAAGGGAUAAGCUGUGCGAUCUCAGGCAACUUUUUUAUGCCCCAUUUCCAUGUAUUUCCAUAAGGCUUGACCUCCAGCGAGUCUCUAGGCUUGAUCUCCAGCUGUGACGCCCUGCCAGGGUAAAAUUCCGACAAGCGACAUGGCCUUGAGACAAUGACAUUGACAAAGACACAAAGAUGGCUUGAAACUGCGACAGUGACAGAGAAAAAUGCAAAUACAGUAGUAAAAUACCGACGGUGACAUGGCUUCCUCCUCAAUAUGCCAGGUCAAUAUGUUCCAGGGUCGUUGUUUAAAUUGACUGAUAAAAGCCCAAAUAGUGCUACCACCCUUGAGGUUUGGAGAAUCCCAGGUGCUUUGAUAGUGCUGGAUUCGUGGUGGGUGGGGGCAGGGGGGGGGGAAGUUCCAGGGGGUAAACUACCCUUAAUGUGUCCAUCAGGUUAAUGCAAGUUUAUAAAAUUCAGUGAAUGAAUACGUUGAAAUUGAAUACAAAUUAUUCUCCAUGAAAGGUUCUUUGUUCACCAGAGAUGACAUGUACUGAUCUAUAAUGGUGGAAAAUGAUUAGCUGUACGGCAGUAGAAAAAGUUUUAGUGGUGCACAAGUUUGGAUUCCUCCAGUAAAAAACUAUAAGAACUGCCCCUGUUUAAGAUCUCUGUUGUGCCCAUGCAGUGGCAUUUUCACAGACCAGUUUAUUUUUAGAUCGAUUCUCCCACAAAUUUUGCCUACCAAAUAAUUCUUUCUUUGUUCAAGUUAUCUAAUUUUCUUCCUCCUAUUCUUCUUUAUUUUAAAACAAUCUGCCUUAUAUUGUGCACGAUGUAUUCAAUAAUGUAACACCUCCAAAGGUUUCCAACUUAUUUACGUAUUCUUCAAAAAUACAUCAUCGCAUCAUAAAACACGAUUUUCUGUGGCUGGCAAUUUCUACCUUGAGCACUCGAGAACAGACCAUAUGAAGAACUCCUUUUCAAGAAUUGGUGCAAAGACAUGGAAUAGAUAUGGAAUAGCAUUCCCAACAGUGAUCAUGCUCUACCUAAAUAUAUAUUUAAGAAUACCCUACCGAGUUGGCUACUGGACAUUUUAUGUUGACGUGCCUACUUUAAUUGACAUAUUUAGUAAAUAUUAAAUUUCCAGGUUAAUUUCAUUCAUACAUUGUUUUAUGUACCUAUUUUGAAAUGUGUAUGUACUCACUGUCUUGUUAAUAUAAUAUGGUAAUGUUCCUGUAUCUGUCUUCUUUAUUGUUAUGCUUGAAGUUCUCCCUGUUACUGUCAUUUUUUUUACUUUUCCUUCCUGCCUCGACUAGCUAGGCUAUUUUGGGGGCAAGGAUCAAUGGUUAUGAUAUGUAUCCAAAGUGUUUUAAUAAACUUGAACUUCAACUUGAACCUCUUACAAAUCAGGCAGCAAAAACUGGAGGCCAGGAAACAGCAUUUCUGAUGGUUUCCUGGCAUCCCCUUUUUUGUUAUUUAUUGUACUGUGGAUAUGUACACAUACAGGACAGUGCUUAGAACUAUUUUUGUGGGAAAAAGGUCUCCAAAAUGAUGUUGAAAAUAACUGAUCUGUGUACAUGCUGUUGCUUGGUCUAAGUAUGGUAGUUGCAUGCACCAGCUUAUGAGAUCCUGCUGACAUUCAAGCCAGCUAAACUCUUUUCAGUUUGAUGCACCAGUCAAAAGCAGUUUUUUUUAUGCAGCUAUAUAUACACCUGGAGACUGCGCCCAGACCUUUUCCUGUUCAGCUCUCUCUCCCCUUCCCUCCCUUCAAUCCAAUUUUGGAGCAGUAUUAGCAUUUUUUUACUGGUAAAUUAAUACCAUAGAAAAUUGUUGACAGUCAUUGUCCAUGUUGUCAACAGGCUUACUAGUAUCUGUGUAGCUUUCUGGGCUCCUUCAUCUCUGGGUCACACUUCAGUCUUCUUAGUUUUCCAUUCAAACUGGACACACUGCAACCUUGAUAUAUAAUGAAGGACCCUGGUUAAAUCUAUAUAUUACAAUGAAGGACCAAGGGUCUGGCAAAAUUUGUUCUCCACAUUGAGGUUUGCUAUUACCAAGGACUUCAUUAUAGUUACAGUGGUUCAUUAUAUCAAGUUUCCACUGUUGUAGUUCAAUCUAGCAUUCUUUUAAAGCUAUCAGUCUCAUAAUAAGGUACAUGUAUGUUUCAUAUACUCACUCUUUUAUUUUUCCUUCCUUUUUUUCUUCCCUUUUCUCCUUUUAUUUGGACAAGUCCAAGCAACUUAAAGGUAUUUACCAGUAAUGUCAAGGCUGUAUCACUAAGGGCCAGAGACCAGGGAUUUCCCUUGCCUACCACAAGCAUGAGCCCAGACUACUUCUAUGGGAGACAAAGGGAAAAAAAAGCAAAAGGACUUUCUUACAGUUUAAUUCCCUGCCUACUAAUCGCACCAACCUGGCAACUUGAAAUCUUAGUGACAGGCCUGAACGAUAAUGUCUGUAUUUUUAAUAGAAUCAUGUAAUUUGAUCUGAUGUCUGUUUUUCAACUAGUGAAUGAUGGAGAAGGGAUUUACACAUUGAUUACAUUUUAAUAAUAAUUUUAUGCCUGGACAAGCUAAAAGUUUAGAAUUUUUAAAAAUAAUGUAAUCCCAGAUUAAGUUUGGGGAUAUUUGUUCGUCUUUUUUUUUCUUUUGUCUCAUUAUUUUCUAUGCUGGUCCCUAUCCCAGAGCUUUGUUAGGUUUUGCAAGACAAGUAUUUCCUUUUUCACAAGCAAAAAGAUGGCAAUAUGACAGUUUGGAAGGAGAAUCUUUAAGUUUAUCAGAGGUUACCUGUGGCUUUUAUCUGGGCACCUCUUCAAUUCAUUCGCACAUCGUGACUGUUGUUUUUUUAAUCAAAAUAUGAUAGGUAAAGCUGCAUUUUCUUUACCCUCAAUAAGGGGAAAGUAAUGAAUUAAAAUCCAUUUGUCAUGAUUUCAUCAAUAAAGUGAACAGAAUUUGCCUGUAAGUAACUUUAAAUGCACUAAUUUAUUGAGUGAUAUUUUCUGUUUUCUAGUGUGCUGCUGAGCCAGAAAGUCUAGAAUCUAUUGACAUCUUUAAAGACCAGAUUCCUGAAGGAGUUGAACUUCAUUCACUGAGGCAAGACAUACUUCACUAUGGAUAAACCAAUUUUUUGUCCUCCUUGUUUGUAUAAAAUAUCAAAUGUGGGAUCCUUACAAGGCUGUGAAGUGCAUCUAGCUAUUUUUGCACCAUUUUUUUGCUUAAAGAAUGUAAAAGGAUAUUGCCUUUAAUAAAUUUGCCGAUUACUUUGUGACUUUACAGGUUGCUUAAAGAGAGGAAAGGAAAACUCACCUCACACAAGAAAGAAGUGAAUUAUAUAGUAAAAGUAUGUUUAUUUUUAACUGACAUAUUAAAGUUGAUUAUCAGGUUUACGACUGUGUGUUUGUAACUGUCACUGAUAGAAGCGUACCUGUAUGCAGCAUGAAAUCGUUAUACAUGCAAUGUUUUACACUGAGCAAGAUAUGAUGGCACCAAACAUAAGCAAACUGAAAGGAUAAGGUCAUUAUUUUUCUGAAAUGCACAAUGAUCAAUGAUCAAUUAAGCCAUUUUCCUGCUUAUAUGAAGAAUAUGUUUUCACUCCAGUCCUCUUCCUAUGAUCUUCAUGGCAACUACAUUCUUUCACUAAGUAAACCUAAAACAACUACCUUUGGUCUUAGCUCCUUUUCUUACUUUUCAGCUAAGCAGUGGAAUGCACUGCCGGACUUUUUUCGUACCAGUUUUUUUGCAGACUUUAAGACCAAAAUACAGGAUGUUACCUUCAUGUAGAUUCUUUUUGCCUGACAUACUUAAACUUAAAGUUGUGAAUUGUAAAUAAUAUUUUCUUUUCUUUUCUCUCUUAUUUUUAUGUGCUUAUUAUUAUUAAUAUUAUUUUAUUAUUAUUACUUAUAAUGCAUUUAAUGUAUACAUAUAUUUCUAUAUUAUUUUCAUGUAGUGUCAGAUCAAAGAUAUUAGCUUGUUAGCUACUUGAAAAUUCGAGUAUAAAUAAAGUUUUAUGUUAUGUAUGUAAAAAGCACUAUGUAGGGGGCAACCAAAAAUAGGCGAAGCAACCACCAUGGGACUUAAUGGGAUGUAAAGCUUUGACUGUGACUAAGGAACUUAUGAUUAUAACAUGUCUAAAUUAUAUACAGGAAGUAGCACCAACAAAGGAGCCCUUAGCAUUUCAAGAGGUUAAAACAGAUGAAGUGAUCUUGUCAGUUGCUAUUUAUCAUCCAAGAAAGGUAAGUAUGUUAAUCACUCUGUAAGGCUUUUUAUCAUAUGGCUGAAUUUGAGAGCGAGUGGGCAAGAUGAAGUGAAUCCUGCACUCUGAUUGGCUACCCAAGCGGGCAAGCUGUGCCCAUCGUGCUCACUCGGGAAUUCCGGCCUUGGUCCCAGGACAUCAAGUAAAGAGAUAAAAGCAUGUUACUAAUUAAAUGUUAAUUUUGUUUCACAUUAAUUAUUUUGUUGUUGGUAUUGGUGCUGCUGUUGUUGUUGUUUUCAAAAUGGUUAAUAAUUUUUUCUGAUAUAAUUUUUUUUCUCAUCCUUGACCAGCAAAACAAGGUUCAAGAAUUUCUCGUGUUAGGCAGUCAGGUAAAAGCUUUGUAUUACUUUGAUUGAAAGACUCUUCAUCAUAUCUACAUUUAUUUGUCCAAGCCUUAAAAAUUGCAGAUUUAUUGUUUUAUUUUUUAUAUAUUUAUUUUCUCUGGAAUGCAGGCCAUUUUCAAGUUGCUCUGAACCUGUGUCAUAGUAAAGUAAGUGCAAAGCCUUUGAUAAGAACAAGUAAAUUCAAGUUCAUGAGAAAGGUUUUGCAUUUAGCCUUAUUUUGAAAGGGGGGUUAGGGAAUUUGAUGAAGGCCUACUUACUGUUUUAAAAAAGAGGGGCGAUCAUUAAUUGCUUAUUAAUAACAACUGAAAAAAAUCCUGAUUUUAAAUUUAAUCUACAUGUAAUCUACAUCCAAUUGUUUUAAUUCUGUUGCCAGUGCCUUACAGAAUUGCGUGACAAGAUUUUCUGUACAGCUGAUGGAAUGAUACUUGGAGAUCAUAGCGAAAAUCCCGAUGCCCUUUCACAGCCAACAGCUAAGGUGUGUAUGUUACAAUCAUCAGGUGACACCCUAAUGGCAUGUAGGUGAUGGCAUCGGCCACAGGCCAAGUGCACACGGCCCACUCUGUUAUAGAGUUUUCAGAGCUGGGGAUUGGGGUAGGGGAACACAACAUGAAUGUGCUGACUUUUACUGUCCGUAACUUACAAGUGGUACAACAAAAACUGGCUUUUCCUUGUUGCAAGAAACUGUUAACCUUUAUGGUCGUGACGUAAAAAAUAUGAAAACAAAGAAGUCAGCCCAACAGAACCUAGGAAAACCAAAGAUGCAAAACAAAGAAAAAGUUCACAGGUCCUUAGUCUUAUACCGAGGUAAACCCUAAAAAAUCGCCAAAUUUCAUCACUUUCCUUGUAAUCUAUCAAAAAAUAUUAAUUUCCCCAUGUGAACGAUUUACUAGUACCUAUUGUGAUUGAGAGGGAAAAUAAUAUCUAAAGCUUAUUGAAGCAUUUUCUCUUCCAGCUUAAUUUCUCAGAAUAAAAUUCGGUGCAUGUUACUUUUGGUUGAGUCAUUGUUGACUCCAUGAGUGCACGCUCAGAAGUAAUCCCCAUAUAAAUCGAACACUUGUUCAUAGGCUACCGUAAAAUUCCAUGUAUAAGCCCCUCCAAAUAUAAGCCCCCCCGGGGGUUGUACUUGGAAAAUUGCCCUCAAAUACAAAGUAAAACAAAGCAAAAACGGUAAAUUUCCUUCGAACUAUAAAGCUAGCCCAAUCGAUUUUGAAACGCAAAUUUCCCUCCGUAUAUAAGCCCCUCCGAAUAUAAGCCCCUCCAAAAAUAAGCCCCUCAAAAACGGCCUUCGAAAAAUAUAAGCCCCAGGGCUUAUUUUCGGAAUUUUACGGUAUUUCCCUCAUAAUUAUACAGGUUUAUCUCCCCUGCGCGCAGAGAUAUCUCAAGGCAAGCCAUAAAGAAGAGGAAAGAGCGAGAGAGACCUCUGCCAACCCCUGGUGCGUUUUUUAUCACGCAUGUGCUGGCAUUUCCUUAACAACUACUAAGGUUUUAGUCACGUGGGACAAAACUGAGCAACCCGGUUUGCACGAUAACAAGUGUGGGCUCAGAAAUUCCAGCAUGAAGUCUCAACAGGCUACGCGUAUUUCAAAUUAAACGAAACCGAUCUUGAAAAGUGGUAAGUUUCGAAAAUGUGAUUGCGUCUUUAUGAAAGCACGCCUCGGGGGCCGGCAGAUGUCUCUUUUUUUUUCCAUCAUUUUCUCUCGCCGUGAGAGACCUCUGUUAGGAGGGAAAGGUUUACAAAGUUUUCAUCAAAGACCUUAUUUCUCGUUGCUUGGUAAAAACAUUGCAGGAAAAUUUCAAAUCUGGAUUCUUCUUCAUUGAGGGGGUAUUCUAUAAUGAUAGAAGAGAUCCAUUGUCAAGGGAUUACAGCAAGUAAGUAAGUUAAGUCGUGAUACUUGUGUCGUUAACCUAACAUCGCCUUGUUUUUACACUGCAUGUGAUAAUGCUAUCCGUGAUUUUCUCCAAAAUAAAGUUAAGGACGUUUUUAUUUCACUCUAUAAGAGUUAUUAGAGACUGGGCAAAAGACCCUCAGAGAAGAAAGUGUCCGGGACUUGGAUUAUUCACUAGUAAACGAAUGGAAGAUAUGGUGUUUGAAGACCUGAAGAUCAGGCUGGGUUAUCCAUAUUUAUACUGCCAUCAAGGAAAUUGUGAACAUCUUAUUAUUUUUACUGAUUUGAGGUAAGUUUUAUCAAAGACAUUUAAACAUUUUCCCUUUACGAGAACGUACACAAACGUCUAUAUAGGACUUUUAAAUCCUUUGUAGCCUGAAAAAGUGUGUAAGUAAAACAAGAAAAUUGGAUGUUAUGAAUUUUUGAGGUGACUCUUUUUUUCAGAAAAUUCCAAUUUCCUAGAGUUACUAGUUGCUCCUCUAAACUCAGACUCUGUCCGUCCAGUUAAAUCUCCUAUUCUCUCUCUAUUUUCUCACGGGAAUACAAAUGACCGCUCAUUGUCAUGCGCAUUCUGUUCAAUUCCGAUUGUUCGUUAAUCUUUUUUUGUGGUUUUGCCCUUUCGAUAUUCCAUCGUUUGCUCACUCGCUUGCGCGUACGUUAGUCAGUUCCUUUUAAGGUAAGGUAAGACAGGCAACAAAAAACGUGCAACUUGUUUUGCCACAUUGCUGCAAAACGAGUUGGAAAGCUACGUAAUGUUGCCCGUUUUACCACCCUUGAAUGAAACCUGAUUUGUCGCGAGACAGGUUUGAACGUGGGUGGUUAAACGCGCAACAUCGCUUUUCAACUCGUUUUGUAAUGAUGUUACAAAACAAGUUGCACGAUUAUUUGCCCGUUUAACUGUAUCUUAGAUCUUUCACUGGCCAUGGCCCUUUUUUGAUUAUUAGACCAGGGGUCCAGUUAUUUUUCUCAGUGGCAGAUGCUAGUAGAACGAGAGUAAUACGCGGACUCGCUUAAAAAUUGGCGCGCGCGAGGAGAAAGGGCACUAAGGCAACCGAUGAGUGGCAUCUUGUUUCAUCUUCGAUUUUUGUCUUCAGGCUGUUGGAUGUAGAUGACGAACGAAACAGAAAUGAAUACCCACUGCAGGUAUUUAAACACCGUGGAAAAAGGCUGAGAUGCCGAGUUUGUGAUGUCUAUACUGCAAGGUACUUGUUUAAA